AUGGCUUCCGAGCACGAUACCAAACCCGGUCUUGUCAACGACACUGAUGCUGCGCUGGCCGAAGCCAUCCAGCAUGAGCACAAUCUCACCUUUCGUGAGGCCGUCCGGCUGUACCCCUCGGCAAUUGGCUGGUCGGCAUUUGUCUCGAUCGGCGUGAUCAUGCUCGCUUUCGACCCCCAGCUUUUGGGGAACCUCUAUGCGACGGACCAAUUCCAGCGUGAUUUCGGGUAUCUGUACAAAGGCUCCGUAGGCGCCCCGUGGCAGACGGGCCUCUCGAUGGGCAACCCCGUCGGUCAGGUCAUCGGCGCCCUCGUCGCCGGCUACCCGAUGGACAUGUUCGGCCGUAAGCUGACCUUUGGCGUCUGCGUCACCCUGACCGCCUGCCUUGUCUUCAUCCAGUUCUUCGCCCGCUCCCUCUCCGUGCUGCUCGUCGGCGAGCUCCUCGGCGGCCUCGUCCUCGGCUGCUACGUCGUCAUCGCCCCGGCUUACGCCUCCGAGGUCUGCCCCCUGGCCCUACGAGGGCACCUCACCAGCUACGUCAACCUGUGCUUCGUCAUGGGCCAGCUCCUGGCCAACGGCGUCACGGCCGGCACCAGCCAGCUCGGCGACCACUGGGCCUACUCCAUCCCCUUUGCGCUGCAGUGGUUCUGGGUCCUCGUCAUCAUCCCGGGCAUGUUCUUCGUCCCCGAGAGCCCCUGGUGGCUCGUGCGGCAGGACCGGCUGCAGGACGCCGAGAGUAUGCUGCGCCGCCUGGCGUCCAAGGAGGUCAACGUCGGGGCCACGCUCGCCGUCAUCGUCGAGACGGACCGCCUGGAGCAGGAGCUCGAGGCCGGCAGCACGUACAUGGACUGCUUCAGGGGCGUCAACCUGCGGCGGACGGAGAUCUCGGUCGGGGUGUACUGCACGCAGGUCCUGAGCGGGAUUUACCUCAUCAACUACGGCACCUACUUCUUCCAGCUUGCUGGUCUCCCCAGUGAUAAGGCUUUCGACAUGGGUGUUGGGUUUCUGGCUGUGGGCUUCGUCGGCACCAUUAUCUCCUGGUUCCUCCUCGUCCGCUUCGGCCGUCGCACCAUCUACGUCACCGGCCUCGCCAGCCUGGUCUUCCUCCAGCUCCUCAUCGGCAUCCUAGACUGCAUUCCCGGGCGCCCAGCCGGAGUCACCUGGGCAGAGUCCUCGCUUAUGCUGGUCUGGAACUUUUGCUACGAUCUCUCCAUCGGACCGGUCUGCUUCGUGCUUAUCUCCGAGUGCUCUGCCACGCGCGUGCGCUCCAAGAGCAUCGCCGUGUGCACCGCCGCGCAAGGCAUCCUCGGCAUCAUCAUGACGGUGGCGAUCCCGUACAUGAUCAACCCGGACCAGGCCAACAUGCAAGGAAAGCUGGGUUUCUUCUUCGGCGGGCUGGCGGCGCUGUGCUUUGUUUGGGCGUACUUUAGGGUCCCGGAGACGAUGGGGCGGACGUACGAGGAGCUGGACCUGCUGUUCGACCGGAAGGUCUCGGCGCGUCAGUUCAAGAAGUACGAGAUUGAUGCUGUUGCCGCUACUGCUGACAUUGUCAGAGGCGCUUGA